AUGGAAAAACAUCGUGUGCCACUUCAGCCUCCCCAAAGAGGUCAACUGCGACAACAGACCCUAAUUCACAGAAAAGAGAUCACCGAGUUCUUUGAGAAGUGGCAUAUCAAAAGAAUAUUCUCAACACCGCAUCACCCCGCAGGAAACGGGCAUGCAGAAUCCUCCAAUAAAUCAAUACUGAAAAUCAUGAAGAAAAAGCUUGAGGAUGCCAAGGGACUAUGGCCGGACUUACUACCAGAAGUGCUUUGGGCCUACCGAACAACGCCAAAGACAAGCACGGGAGAGACGCCCUACUCAUUAGUCUAUGAGACCGAUGCGGUAACACCAGUAGAAGUAGGAGAGUCCAGUUUGAGAUAUUCCCAUGAGAGCGGGCCGAGGAACGAUGAAAGCAGAAGGCAACAGCUCGAGGAAGUUGAGGAAUGGAAAGAUAUGGCCUACAUAAGGAUGAUCGCCCAAAAGCAACAGGCAAAAUGCUAUUAUAACAAAAAGGCAAAAGUCAGACCACUCAAAGUCGAGGACUAG